CUGUGCAGUCUUGGAUAGCAAUGAUGAAGCUCCUACCUGUCACUCCUCUCCUCCUGCUGGUCCUAACAACGCUGGAAGCCAGACCAAAACCUGCAGCCCUCAAGUGCAAGACGGGGCCGCUGGACAUCGUGUUCGUCAUCGACAGCUCCCGCAGCGUGCGCCCCUUUGAGUUCGAGACCAUGCGGCGCUUCAUGAUCGAUAUCAUCGGCAGCCUGGACGUGGGCCCCAACGCCACGCGCGUGGGGGUCAUCCAGUACUCCAGCCAGGUGCAGAACAUCUUCUCCCUCAAGACCUUCUUCAAGCGGGCGGACAUGGAGAAGGCCAUCAACAACAUCGUGCCGCUGGCCCAGGGCACCAUGACGGGCCUGGCCAUCCAGUACGCCAUGAACGUGGCCUUCAGCGCGGCGGAGGGCGCGCGCCCGCCGCACAAGAAGAUCCCCCGCGUGGCCAUCAUCGUGACGGACGGGCGGCCCCAGGACCGCGUCAGCGAGGUGGCCGCCCAGGCUCGCGCCGCUGGCAUUGAGAUAUACGCCGUGGGCAUCCAGCGGGCGGACAUGAGCUCGCUGCGGGCCAUGGCCUCCCCGCCGCUCGAGGAGCACGUCUUCCUGGUGGAGUCCUUCGAGCUCAUCCAGCAGUUCGGCAAGCAGUUCCAGGACAAGCUCUGCGCCAUCGACGYGUGCGCGGACGGGCGGCACGGCUGCGAGCACCAGUGCGUCAGYGCGCACGGGACCUACUCGUGCCGCUGCCGCGCUGGCUACCACCUCAACCAGGACAAGAAGACCUGCACGAUGAUCGAUUACUGCAGCUUCGGAAACCACAGCUGCCAGCACGAGUGCGUGAGUGUCCCCAACGGGCACUACUGCCGCUGCCGCAGCGGCUUCGCGCUGCAGCCCGACAGCAAGUCCUGCAGGGCCAACGACCUCUGCAAUGGGGUGGACCACGGCUGCGAGUUCAGGUGUGUGAGCGCCGAGGGCUCUUACCGCUGCGUUUGCCCCGAGGGACAGCAGCUGCAGGCUGACGGCAAGACGUGUAACAAGUGUGGGGCUGGGCACGUUGACCUGGUCAUGGUGAUYGACGGCUCCAAGAGCGUCCGGCCCCAGAACUUCGAGCUGGUGAAGCAGUUUGUGAACCGCAUCGUGGAUCUGCUGGAYGUGUCCCCCCACGGCACACAGGUGGGGCUGGUGCAGUACUCCAGCCGUGUGCGCACCGAGUUCCCCCUCAACAAGUACGCGACGGCGGAUGAGAUCAAGAAGGCCGUGAUGAACGUGGAGUAUAUGGAGAAAGGCACCAUGACAGGCCUUGCCCUCAAGCACAUGGUGGAGCACAGCUUCUCCGAGCGGGAAGGCGCCCGGCCUCUCUCCCACAAUGUGCCCAGAAUUGGGCUGGUCUUCACGGAUGGGCGCUCCCAGGAUGACAUCUCUGAAUGGGCCAGGAGAGCAAAGGAAUCAGGGAUCGUCAUGUUUGCCGUUGGUGUGGGCAAGGCCGUGGAAGAGGAGCUACGGGCGAUCGCCUCUGAGCCGGUGGAGCAGCACUUCUCCUACUCAGCAGACUUCACCACCAUGACCCAUCUUGUGGAGAACUUCAAGCUGAACAUCUGCCCAGAGGAGGGCAAGGGGGAGAUGGAGAUCCGCAGCCCGUGUGAGUGCGAGGCGCUGGUGCAGUUCCAGACCAACACCGUGGCCAUCCUGGAGAGCCUGACCGAGAGGAUUGCUCAGAUGACGGCUAGACUGGAGGUCCUGGAAAAGCAGGUGGCCAACAAGAACUGAUCCUCGCGGGAGGCCAGAAGAGCUCGGGCGGGAACAGGAUGGGAGCCAUGUGGAGUUGCUGUUGCUAGAUUUUUGUAAACCAUCAUUCUUUGUUCUUGUAUCACAAAAUCUCGAGGGGAAUCAGUGUAUUGAAAAAAAUAUCCCCCAAAGAMCUCAAGCCACCCCCUGUUGCAAAGCAGCUGGGUCCAGUCUUUGCUCUUCCCUUGUUCUUCCCAACUUGGGAUGAGGUGGGCUGUGAUUGUGUGGUCAGUUUGGACCAUCAGGGAGGGGAUGGGAGCCAGGGCUGUUUUCUAAAGUGGCGAGGUGGCACCUACUGGCACCAACCCCGCUGCCGAGUGCCCCAUGUUGCCCUUCCCUCUCUUCUGCAAGAGGAAAACGGAAUGUUUGUCCUGGGAAUCUCUGCGGCUGCUGCGAAUCAGGAGCAGGCGGGAAGCUCCCGCUGUGCGGCUGGUCCCUUCGGAGCAGGGAAAGGGCCSAGCAGGGCACAGGGUC